AUGUCGUAUAGGGAAUUAUAUCAGAAUCUAUUUAAUGCACACGUGGUUUCCCCUUACCACUUGAAACCUAUGCAGCCUCCGUACCCCAAGUGGUAUGAUGCAAACGCACAAUGCAAUUAUCACGCAGGAAUCGCGGGGCAUUCUAUAGAACAUUGUACGGCAUUCAAGAAGCUGGUAGAAAGACUCAUAAACAUGGGUAUUGUUAAAGUGGAUGAUUCGCCCAGUACAGAGAAUCCGUUACCUAAUCAUAAUGAAAAUGGAGUGAACAUGAUAGGAGGUAACAUGGGUAGGAAAAUCAAAGAUGAUAUCGCAGAAGUGAAGAUUCCUUUGAGAUGGAUCUGGAAGAAGAAGGUAGAAAGAGGGUUGCUGGAAAUGGAGUUUUAUCAAGAAGCUAAAGAGGAGGGGAGUAUUUGCACAUCCGAAUCCACAAAGGUUCCAAGAGUAACUAAGCCUGUGGUCAUCAUCUCGCGGCCAAGGAAAGAUGAAGUGAGAGUGCCAGUAAUGCCAAGAAUCAUAAUAAAGAAACCUACAACCUUUUCUUACCAAGAUAGUAGGAAGGUUCCGUGGAACUAUGAGUGCAAUACAACUGUCCCUGGAACGGAGACUACAAAGGACCAGGAUGUGAGUGCCGAUCUAGAACAUGUGAAAGGAAGAGCCAUGAUAGUGGAACAAGAGGGGGAAAUAGCUAAGCCUGUGUUGUCUAUCAACGAGCCAGUGAAAGAGGAAGAAGCCGUGGAAUUCCUUAAAUUCUUGAAGCACAGCGAGUACAAUGUUGUCGAACAGUUGCAUAAACAACCGGCUCGCAUAUCCGUAUUAACCUUGCUCUUGAAUUCAGAAGUACACCGAAGUGCGUUGAUGAAGAUGUUAAAUGAGACCUAUGUGACCGAUGAUAUUUCUGUUAGCAAGUUAGAUCGGGGGCAUAUUUUGCCAGGAGUGUUGAUUGACAAUGGAUCAGCUUUGAACGUUGCCAUUAUUCACACUCAACAGGCUUCCCAUAGACAGUUCACAUAUGAAAACAUGCCAAAAUAUGUACCGUCAUCAUUACAUCAGAAGCUGAAGUUAGUGUUAGAAGGUCGGCUAGUGACAAUUAACGCCGAAGAUGAUAUUAUAGCAGCUGUAUCCAAUGAGAUGCCGUACGUGGAGACUAGCGAUGUGUCAGCAGAAUGUUCAUUUCGAUCUUUGGAGUUUGAAAAGGAGCUUUACUUGGAAAAGGGCUGGGGAGAUACCUUCAAGGGAGGAUUGAGUUUCCAGUACUGA